AUGUCGCAGGAUCGGAUCAUGUCGCUGGAGGAGUUAUUGGCCGAGGAGAAUUCCACCAACGAGGGCUUCUUGUGGGCGGGCCGAAUCGUGGGUCCCAUCAUUCUCUGGUUGGCUUUCUACUGUUUCUUGCAACCAAUCCUGUGGUUCAUGGACAAGUUUGGCGACUGCCUGGACCAAGUUCCGUGCGUCGGGGGCUGCCUGGGGCUCAUCGCCGACUUCAUCGAGACGCUGGUUGGCAUUUUGAUUUGCAUCGUGAGUUGCUGUUUGGGUUUGGGUUGUGGCCUCUUCGCCAUGGCCAUUGCUUGGAUCUACUACCGGCCGAUCGUGGGCGUCCCCCUCUUGCUGCUGUCGGUGGCCAUGUUUGGCGGAGUGGUCUACUUCGCCUACACACGCAAGGGUGCCCAAAAGGUCCGCCGGCGGAGCUCAGCCCGGCAGCAGCCCGUGGGGGAGGCGACUGAGCUAAGCUGGACACCUGCCCAGCCAGCCGCCGCGCAGGCUGCUCCGGCGGUGGCACAGGCCGUGGUGAUGCCGCAACCAACGCUCAUGCAGGUGCAGUGCCCGGCGAACGCUUCUGAAGGCUCUCAGAUCGUCAUCAGCACCCCCGAUGGCCGGCAAGUACAAGUGCAAGUCCCUGCUGGUGUCCAACCGGGGCAAGUCUUCCAAGUUCAGGCAUAG